CAGAUACACGAUCCGAUUUUACGAAUCACAUUGCGAUAAUUCUUCCAGAACUGUGGAGGAAAGUCGCAAUUGAAUUUCCAAUAUGACGAGUAUCGAUUACCUGCUCCAUGAGAGCUCGGUGGGAUAUGCAAUCUUCGAGGUUGUCCACCAAGCCGAUACUGUUGGCAACCGAUUGAAGGAAGUCCAAGAUGCCAGCCAGGAUCUUGCGAAGUUUGGAAAGAUGGUCAAGCUUGUGAACUUUGCGCCAUACAGAGGGGCAGCCGAAGCUCUCGAAAAUAUCAACCUGGUGUCCGAAGGUGUCCUGUCUGAAUACCUCAAAUCGAAUCUCGAAUUGAACCUCCCAAAGCCAUCGAAGAAGAAGAAGGUUGUUCUUGGUGUUUCAGAUAAGAAUUUGGCUGGUAGCAUUAAGUCUUCAUUCCCAGGUGUUGAGUGUGAGACUGGCGAAACCUCCGAAGUGGUUGCAGAUUUGCUCCGUGGACUGCGAUUCCAUGCAGGAAAGCUACUCAAGGGUCUCCAAGAGGGUGAUGUUGAGAGAGCACAGCUCGGUCUGGGUCACGCUUACUCUCGCGCAAGAGUCAAGUUCUCCGUUCAGAAGAAUGACAACCACAUCAUCCAAGCAAUUGCGACCCUCGACCACCUCGACAAGGCCGUGAACACCUUCUCCAUGCGUGUCCGUGAAUGGUACGGAUGGCACUUCCCAGAGCUCGUCAGAAUUGUUUCAGACAACCACACAUAUGCCAAGCUUGCACUUGCAAUUGGCGACAAGAAGACCCUCACCGACGGCUCAUUACAUGAUCUCGCGGCCCUCGUAAACGAUGAUGCGGAUAUUGCGCAGGCAAUUAUUGAUGCGGCCCGUGUCAGCAUGGGACAGGAUAUCUCAGAGACCGAUAUGGAGAACGUUUCGGCUUUCGCGAACCGUGUGGUCAAGCUCGCCGAGUACAGAAAGUCCCUCUUCCAAUACUUAACCGACAAGAUGGCCGUAGUCGCACCCAACUUGGCUUCCUUGAUUGGUGAAGUUGUUGCUGCCCGACUCAUCUCCCACGCCGGAUCUCUCACCAACCUCUCCAAAUACCCCGCCUCUACUGUUCAAAUUCUUGGUGCCGAAAAAGCUCUUUUCAGAGCGUUGAAGACAAAGGGUAACACACCAAAGUACGGACUGAUCUACCACUCGAGCUUCAUCGGCCGCGCCGGAGCGAAGAACAAGGGUCGUAUCUCCAGAUUUUUGGCCAACAAAUGCAGUAUUGCCAGCAGAAUCGAUAACUUCUCUGAGGAGCCAACGACCAAGUUCGGUUUGGCAUUGAGGAAGCAAGUUGAGGAUAGACUGGACUUCUAUGCUACCGGAGCUACACCACAAAAGAAUGAGGACGCAAUGAAAUCCGCUAUGGACGCAGUCCUAGGUGACAUCAAGGUCGCCGACCCAACCGCAGACGCCGACAUGGCUGACAUCACACCCCGAGCCAUCCAAAAGCAAGAGAAGAAGUCCAAGGAAAAGAAGGAGAAGUCAAAAGAUAAGGAUUCCAAGAAGGACAAGAAGCGAAGACACAGUGAAGCUGCAGCAGGUGACGAGGAGGAGCUUAGCGAGAAGAAGAAAAAGAAGAAGAGCAAGAGAGAAUCCUUGGCGUAAUGACUGACUGAUGGCGGUUGGACAUGGGAUUCUCUUUUGUGUACAUUUGGGCUGGCUUUCUGGCGCCCUGGUGUUGGCAUUCGUCUUUUCUCGCUUGUCUGUGUUGAAUAUUGGCGUUCUGUGGAUACUCAUGCUGUUUGGGGAAAUGGAAUACUUUACAUGCACUCAUCGUACAUCGACUUGACUCGUUACUCGGGUGUCUGCUAUGCACGAUGUCUCGCUCCUGCUAAUUCGGCGCUUGGUGUUUAGACAUAUGUGGCCCGUUUGCUAGGUAGAUAGGAAAAAUCCA